AUGGGCCUGUUCUCCCGCAAGGAAAAGGCCCCAAAAGCCUCGAGCAAGCCAUCGAUCAGCACGUCAAACGUGAGCAUCAACUCCCGUACAUCCAGCAUCAAGUCACCGCCACUACGCAGCAACAUCAUGAACAGAACGUCAGGAACCAGCUCCGCUCCCGGGACGCCUUUGACGCCCUUCUCGCCUGUUUCCGUGCCCAAGGUCGACCUGCCGCGCCCUCCUGACCCGCAGCUUGACCCUGCGGGGUACCUCCGAAGCUUAGGAGCCGUGAGAGAAAGAAGCAAGAUCGUGACGGACAAGGCCCUUCGGAAUGAGUUGAAGCACUUCGACGUGGACAUGCGAAAGUUCCCGGACGUGGUCUCGUUUGUUUCCCAGAUUAUCAAGAGAGAUUACGAUGCACCUUUCAACACGAUCCCCGGCCACGGAAGACACCAGCACUUUUGCGUCGGCGGCCGCGACCGCAUCGCCCAGCUUCUUUCUACGUUUCCCGAGGAUGUUGACAACAGCGAGAAGUGCCGCCGCAUGAUCGACCUCUUUCUCGUCAGUGUGCUGCUCGAUGCAGGUGCGGGCACGAAGUGGAGCUACAAGAGCACGGAAAACGGACGCAUAUACCGCCGGUCAGAGGGAAUCGCCGUGGCGAGCUUGGAAAUGUUCAAGACGGGUAUCUUUUCUAGCGACAGCAAGAACAAGUUUCAGGUCGACAAAGAGGGACUGCGCAACCUGACGGUCGAGAAGAUGGCCGCCGGUCUUCAGUCCAAGCCUGGAAACGAGAUGGCCGGAAUUGAAGGCAGAACACAGCUUCUCCAGCGUCUGGCGAAUGCUUUGACCGAGAAGAAGGAGUACUUUGGCGAGAACGGCCGGCCAGGCAACAUGAUUGACUACCUGCUGUCGCAUCCCUCGACGCAAGCGUCUUCCAUGCCGAUUGUCGUUCUCCCAACAUUGUGGAGUGUUCUCAUGAACGGUCUCAUGCCAAUUUGGCCGCCAUCCCGAACUUCGAUCAAUGGCGUGUCACUCGGCGACGCUUGGCCUUGCCAGUCCAUGCCGCAGCCCCCGCAGAGCCCGACAACCUCGCAGUUCUCGCCCUUCCCCCCUUCUGCCCAGAACUCGACCGCCGCUUGGGAAUCUAUCCUGCCGUUCCACAAGCUCACGCAGUGGCUCUGCUACAGUUUGAUGCAGCCCAUGCAGUCGCUACUGCGUGUUCAUUUUGCUGGGGUCGAGCUGCUGACCGGCCUGCCCGAAUACCGCAAUGGUGGCCUGUUCAUUGAUCUGGGUGUUCUUACGCUGAGACCCGAGGAUACUGACAGAGGUCUCCAGCACUACGACGAGUACUGCAAAAAGGCGGGUGUCAAGCCGGUCGAGGUCGCGCCCAUGUUCGAGCCCAGUGACGACGUGAUUGUCGAGUGGCGUGGUGUGACGGUUGGCUUUUUGGACAAACUCUGCGUCGAGGUCAACAAGUAUCUAAAGAAUGAAUUGAACGGGAACGAGCUCACUCUGGCUCAAUUACUUGAAGCCGGCAGCUGGAAGGGCGGACGAGAGAUGGCCGAAUUCAGCAGACCCAACACGAAGGAGCCACCCAUUCUAAUCGACAGCGAUGGUACUGUUUUCUAA